AUGUUGUGCCAAAAAUUCUCGCUAAAGCAUUGGCUCCGGAAUACGUCGAAAAUCGAAGCGAUAUACUAUGGAUUCGCGGGGCUUCAUAUUGGCGGAACUGUAUUUACGGUUACUUUUGCGAAUCUGGGCUUCUACAUCAUCUACAAGGAUUCUGAGGACCCGACUUCAGAGGAACAUCUCCCUCUCGGCGCCUUAUUGGCCCUAAUUCUUCUGAAUGUUGCAUGGCUUAUUCUGACGAUCGUCUCUUUUGUCAUUACGGUAAUUGGGAUGCGAAAGAGGAUAUUGUUGCUCGCCCAUGGUUACCCUGCAUUUAUCGGAAUAGACAUUCGAAUCUAUGCAAACGACCUGACCGAUGGGUUGCUAUCCGAAGCUUGGUAUCAAGUGGGUUUAGCGUGCUAUUUCUUGCCGUUGAUCGUGUUGUUGGAGUGGCUAUCGGUGAAAUGUUGGCGGGAUACGGUAGAAAGGGCCACGAGAAGACAACGGCUGCAAUACAGUAUCGCAAUGCUUUCCAUGGCG